UCGCUUUCGUGUGUGUGACACGAAGUCGAUCAACACGCACUUACAACGACGAAAGACUAAUAAUCUCUGUUUUAAAAAUAUCUUAAAGAAAGACUAUAACUAUAUAUCUGUAAGAAAAUGGGUAGAAGAAGAGCCAAACGAAAAGCUCCACAGAAAAAAAAAAUCCUCGGAACUUUAGAGAAUCAAUUUAACUGUCCAUUUUGUAAUCACGAAAAAUCUUGCGAUGUUAAAAUGGAUAAGCAACGAAACGUUGGACAUAUAUCGUGCAGAGUGUGUUUGGAAGAUUUUCAGACGCCAAUUACAUAUUUAUCUGAACCUGUAGAUGUUUUUGGUGAUUGGAUUGAUGCUUGUGAAGAGGCAAAUGCAUAAUAUAUUUAAAGUGGUGAAAUCGUUCAAAUCGAAAAAUGUUUGUUGGAAGAAACUGUAUUUAUGUACAAAUAAAAAAACGCUUUUAGAAUUUCAAACUAUAUUUUAAACGCGCAAUUUAUUAAAAAUUUGAAAUGAGAAAAGAAGUUAUUAAGAAAUAAUAUUUAUAUAAUUAUAUAUUUAUAUAAUUUUUUGUAAUUAUAUAUUUUAUGAUUAUAUAAUAUUAUUGAGCUAUUUGUAAAUAAUGUUUAGAAGUCCUUAUAUGUAGAUUGUAAUGAGAAAUUUAAAAAUAUGUUGUCACCAUAAAUAGGAAAAUAUUUGAAUUUAACAAAUAUAUGAGAGC